AUGCCGCCCGCGCCCGCGCUGGCGUCGCCGGAGCUCGCGAUGGAGAUGACGGAGAACUACUGGAUGGCCCUGCUGCGCGACGUGCGCUUCUCGCAGUUUGCGGAAGAUGCCGACGUCGCCGCCGCCGUGGAGAGCUUGAACGCCACCGAGUGGGUCCGCCUCGCGGGCGAGGGCCCGUGCUCCGUCGCGGAGGAGGAGCGCAAGCGGCUGCGCGGGCCGUUUACCGCGCACACCGUCUUCCGGGGGAAUACGAAGGGCGAUUGCAAGGGGCCGUACAUCUCGCAGUUCUUGCUGACCGGGAGCGCGGGCCUGGGGGAAGUGUACAGCGGCGUGGAUGGAUACAUCCAGUACGGGGCAAUGCGGAUGAAUCAGCGCGUGCGUGUCGCCCUCGAGGGGCUCGACUACAUGACGACGUGGGAGAGCUGGCUCGACGUGCAGAACGGUGCCGACUUGCGCGGGAGGGAGCUGUACGAGGAGGGCGCACAGUUUCGAUUCAUUUGCACGCCGAGGGACUUGGCCACGUAUGUGCAUUAUGAUGCGCUGUAUCAGGCUUACUUGAACGCGUGCAUCAUCAUGCUCAACAAGAAGUUCCCCUUUGACAAGGGCCUGCCCUUCCAGAAGGACGACGACAUCGACAAGCAGCAGGGCUUUGCGUUAUUCGGGCCGCCGCACAUUCUGACGCUCUGCACGGAGGUGGCGACGCGGGCGCUCAAGGCGAUCCGGUUCCAAAAGUACAACGUGCACCGGCGCCUACGUCCGGAGGCCGUCGGCGGGCGGGUCGAGCGCUUCCACCACGACUGCGAGGACGCGCUGUUUGCGGAUGUCAAGCCGCUGUACGACGCGCUGGACAAGGACCUGCUCUCGCGCGUGGGCAGCCACAACGGCGAGCAGAACCGCAAGGAGGACUUUGGCAACAGGCGGUGCGAAGACUACUCGCCGACGGGCAGCAGCUCCGACAGCACGUACCUCCUGCCGAUGGCCUUCCCGGAGGGCAGCCCGAUGCACCCGGCGUACGGGGCAGGGCACGCGGCCGUGGCCGGGGCGUGCACGACGAUCCUCAAGGCGUUCUUCGACCACGAGCACGAGCUGGACUUUGCGUACGUGCCGACCCCGGAUGGGAGCGAAUUGGAGGACGUGGUGGAUUCUUUGGAGGAGAAGCUGACGGUCGAGGGCGAGCUGAACAAGGUGUGCUCGAAUAUCAGCAUCGGGCGCAACUGGGCGGGCGUGCACUACUUUACCGACUAUCGCGAGUCGAUCAUCCUCGGGGAAAAGAUCGCCCUUGGCGUGCUGGAGGAGCAGAAGCUUACGUAUGCCGAGGACUUCUCCAUGACGGUUCCUCUGUUUGAUGGUUCGACUGUCACGAUUUAGUUGUCGCCGAUCCGUGCGCCGGUGGGAGAGCAUUUUGUACGUAGCGUGCACUGUAGGUGAGUGCACUGGAAGUUGACAAGAUGUCGGCACUGUUUCACCUUGUUCUUGCGGGUGUAAUUUAACUGUACGACGAUGUUGGUGUCUACAGUAUCUGACCUGACCAGGCGUUAUCAUAACAUAAAAAUCUGCGAAUUUUAUUUC